AUGUUCAAAGCAGUUCUAAUUGAUAUUUCUGGUACCCUUAUAGUAAACGAUAAUCAAACUCAACGCUCAGUAGUAGCUGCUCUAUCUAGACUGAGUAUACCACACAAGCUGCUCUCAAAUGCCUCAAAACAGAGCCACAGUGAUGCACACUUUGAUUUGACAACAAAGCUAGGCUUGGAUAUCUCUCUAUCCGACCUCAUAACUCCUUUAUCAUCCUGUAGCCAGCAUAUCCGCGAUAACAAUCUCAACCCACUUCUCCUACUCACUCAAUCUGCUUCUAAAGACUUUGAAGGCCUUGUUGACUCUACAAAGCCGUUAGACUCUGUAGUCGUCGGUUUGGCUCCUGAUAAGUUCGACUACCACUCAUUGAACGUCGCCUUCAGAAUUCUCAAAGACAUUCCUCAAUCACAGCUCAUUGCAACACACUCCUCUUUAUACUUCCAAGACAAAGAUGACCAACUUAGCCUAGGUCCUGGCCCCUUCAUACAUGCUUUACAGUCUGCAUCCGGAAAAUCUCCCCUCAUCUGCGGGAAACCCAGCUCGUCUUUCUUCAUAACCGCUUUAGAUCAGCUUGGUAUAAAUCAGCAAGACUACAAAGAUGUUGCUAUAGUUGGCGAUGACGCUUUGUCUGAUCUGGGCACAGAUUUACCUCUAGCGAAAAUUUUAGUAAAGACAGGCAAAUACAGGGAGGGUGACGAAAGAAAAAUUGGUCGAAUUUUCAGGUUGGCUUACGUCAGUGUAAUCCACAUGAACUUCCUUUUUUAUACCAUCAUGUUCGCCAACGCAUUCAAGCAACUCCCACAACAAUCGCGCUCUUUCGCAACCACUGCUUUGCGUUUGAAGCACACACUCCCUCCACUCCCAUAUGCUUACGACGCAUUGGAGCCACACAUCAGCUCUGACAUAAUGACUACCCACCACUCAAAGCACCACGCUACUUACGUAAACGGACUUAACGCAGCUGAAGAGUCAUACGUCAAGGCACAAAACGCAAACGACAUCAAGACGUUGAUUGCACUCCAACCAGCACUCAAAUUCAACGGCGGUGGACAUAUCAACCACUCACUCUUCUGGAAGAACCUCACUCCAGACAGCGGCAGAACUGCUCCAUCAGGUGGCUUAGCUGAGCAGAUCAACAAGGACUUCGGCAGCUUCGACGCCCUUAAAGGCAAAGUAAACGCGGCUACCGCUGCUAUCCAGGGCUCCGGCUGGGGAUGGCUCGGCUACAACAAGGAGGCCAAGCGUCUUGAAGUCGCUACUACCGCUAACCAGGACCCACUCACUCACCUCACCCCAAUUGUCGGAAUUGAUAUCUGGGAACAUGCCUUCUACCUCCAAUACAAGAACGUUAAGCCAGACUACCUCAACGCUAUCUGGAAUGUGAUGGAUAUGCAAGAAGCUGGCAAGCGUUUCGACGAGGCUGCUUAA